AUGAGCAACAAGUUUGUCAACACGGCUUCCAGAGUUGUGUGGUUUUUGCGGCUGGGCGCAUUUUUAACACUGGCAGAUGCCAUCUACCUUCCAUUGGCAGAGAACUUUGGCAACAAGCUUGGCCUGAGCCCAGGCGUCUUUCUGACGCUGGACAACAGCAUGGUGCUGGCAACUUUGGACACCUUGGAUCAGGGAAAACUACUAGAGGAGUUAGAGCACAUGGGCCGGACGCAGGGGAAACGCAUUGCUUUCCCGGGCAGGGUGAACUACGACUCGCAGCAUUGCAUUGUGAGUUUCCCUGGCAAGUACUCGGAAGAGUGGGAUGCUGCGGUGCGGAUGGUGGAAGUGCGCUCCAGCGCGUGUAGCCUGGCUUGCGUUUUUCUAACAGAUCCUGAUUCUGGCCUAGGCGUGCACGAGGACAACCCGGAGGAACCGGGCAACUGCUGGUGCAAAGCGCUCUACGGCCAGGUUCCAGCGGCAACGUACAUCACUAUAGUGGAAGAUCCAAUGGCUUUGAGUGCCGAGGACCUUCGUUUCAAAGAGAGCGAUGCUGCCGCCAUGGGCCAAAUCUUCCUCAAGAGAGAGGGUCAGAGUGACGAGCAGUGGGCCGAGGCCAAGGAGGCGGCACAGACGGCCGCAAGGGCAAAGUGUGAAGAGAACCGUGGCCGUGCUCCUUGGGGCUGCCGCUGGUUCCACGAUUGGAAACGCAACGUUGAUGAAGCGGUGGCCCGUGGCCAAACUCUGCACGUGUUUUAUUUUGAAGGCAGGGUCGGAUGUGGGAAAUUGCCCUGGCAGGAACUCUCAAACGAGACUUCUGUCAAGAAGGCCCGUGAAAACGGUGGCCUUGGAGCAUCCCAAACUGCAGAGGUAGCAUACUUGGAAAGGUGUGGCUGUGCCUUCCAAGAGCAUGAUGUAAAAGUUUUCUACCGUUUUAUGGAAGAGCACAAGACCAACAUUUAA